CACGACCGCCACCUCCUCCUCCUCCCUCUACUUCCACUCUUUCCUCCCGUCGCGCUGCGCAGAGCCACAGACGGUCCUCCAGCUCCGUGCAGCCCGGUGCGAAGAUGGUCGGCGGCUUGUGUGCUCGCAGGCUGGCCCGACGGUCGCGGUCCGCGCUCAUAGCUGCCCUCACGGUGCUGCUGGUGCAGACGCUGAUUGUGUGGAACUUCAGCACCCUCGACUCCGGGGAAGAAAGAGAAAACGGAGGGUCAAACGUGCGGGAGAAGAGGGACCGGGUCGCGGGCAACAAAGCCGCUGGCAGCCACUAUUUCCAGCACGGGGACAAGCAGCGGCAGCAUCUCCCUCCGCCUGGGAGGGGGUCUCGCCACACACAGCAGCCGGAUGGAUAUUACUCCCACCGCCCAAAAGAGAAAAGUAGAGUCGACAGCAACAAUGAGAACUCUGUGCCCAAAGACUUUGAAAAUAUAGACAAUAGUAACUUUGGUGCACGCUCACAGCCGCACCGACAGGCUGCAGGGGCCAUCAGCAGUAAGCAGCAGCGGGAGCAUCUGCAGGAGAAGGCCCACGCCCAGCAGCAGGCCUGGCGGGACAGCUCCCCUGGUCUGGGCCGCAGCUCAAAUGAGGUUCUGCCAUUAGGCCACCAGCCACUGGCAGUUGGCAACAACGCCUCUUAUCCAGUCGGUCAGGGCGCUGCUGGAGGACCGCAGCAGCGCUACCAUGCCUCACAAGCGCAACAGACCCAGUCGCAGCACAGACAUCAGCAUCCCCACAGGAAGCAAGCAACUGCAGCAACGCUGGAGGUGACCUACGACCAGCCACCUAAAUGUGAGAUCAGUGGAAAGGAAGCCAUUUCAGCUCUGUCUCGAGCCAAAAGCAAAGAGUGUCGGCAGCAGAUCGCUGAGGUGUACUGCAGACACAAGGAGGGGCAGUUAAUGCCUGAGAAGGUCACUCGCUACUGCCCAAUUGAGGGUAAAGCCAAUGUGAAUAUCCAGUGGGAUGAGGACUCGGCUGAGAGCUUUCCAUCAAAACCAGUGAGAAUAGCGUUCGUACUGGUGGUUCAUGGACGAGCCUCUCGCCAAUUCCAACGUCUCUUCAAAGCCAUCUACCACACCUCUCACUACUACUACAUACAUGUUGACCAGCGCUCUAACUACCUGCACAGGCAGAUACAGGCCUUGGCUACCCAGUAUCCCAAUGUGAGGGUGACUCCAUGGCGCAUGGCCACCAUCUGGGGUGGAGCCAGUUUGCUGACCAUGUAUCUUCGCAGUAUGGCUGACCUGCUGGCCAUGAGAGACUGGAGCUGGGAUUUCUUUAUCAAUCUCAGUGCUGCCGACUACCCCAUAAGGACCAAUGACCAGCUGGUGGCCUUCCUGUCUAAAUACAGAUACAUGAACUUCAUCAAGUCCCACGGCAGGGACAAUGCAAGGUUCAUUCGUAAGCAAGGUUUGGAUCGUCUGUUCUAUGAAUGCGACACCCACAUGUGGAGGCUGGGUGAUCGUAAAAUCCCAGAAGGCAUCUCUGUGGAUGGUGGGUCCGACUGGUUUCUUCUAAACCGCCUGUUCGUGGAAUAUGUUAUCAACUCCAAGGACGAUUUGGUCACCAACAUGAAGCGCUUCUACGCCUACACUCUGCUUCCUGCUGAGUCAUUCUUUCACACUGUGCUGGAGAACAGCGCCCACUGUGAGAGCAUGGUCGACAACAACCUGCGCAUAACAAACUGGAACCGUAAACUGGGAUGCAAAUGUCAGUACAAGCACAUUGUGGACUGGUGUGGAUGCUCUCCUAAUGACUUCAAGCCAGCAGACUUCCAUCGCUUCCAGCAAACAGUGCGGCCCACCUUCUUUGCCAGGAAGUUCGAAGCCAGCGUUAACCAGGAGAUAGUGAACCAGCUGGAUGCCUACCUGUUUGGACCAUUUCCCCAGGGGACGCCGGCAUUGAACUCAUACUGGGAGAACGUGUACGACGAGCCAGAUGGCGUGGCCAGCCUGUCCGACACACAGCUAACGUACUACCACGCUUUCUCACGACUGGGCCUGGCCAGGGCUGCCGCCUCGCUGCAGGGGAACCCAAAGGAUCACAGCUGCAGGUAUUUCCCCAUGGGCCACCCAGUAUCAGUGCAUCUCUACUUCCAGUCAGACCAGUUCCAGGGCUAUCUGGUCAAGCACCAUGCUACUAACCUGGCAACAAGCAAGCUGGAGACCAUGGAGACCUGGGUGGCACCCACAAAGAACUUCAAGUUAACCACUCCUCCUACGAGCACAUUCAGCAGGUUGCAGUUCGCAGAGAUUGGGACAGAAUGGGAUGCCAAAGAACGCAUUUUCAGAAACUUUGGCGGCCUAAUGGGUCCCAUGGAUGAGACGGUGGGGAUGCAGAAGUGGGUUAAAGGGCCGAAUGUCACCGUCACAGUUGUGUGGAUCGACCCCACCAACGUCAUCGCAGCCACUUAUGACAUUUUGAUUGAUGCAAGCGCCGAGUUUACCCACUAUCGCCCACCGCUCAACCUGCCUCUGCGGCCCGGUGUGUGGAACAUCCGCAUCCUGCAUCACUGGAGUCCUGUAGCGGAGAUGCGCUUCCUCAUUGCCCCAUUGGCUUAUAACAAACACCAGCCCAUACGACAAGAGGAUACUCUGAAGCUCCACAAUGGGCCAGCUAAGAAUAGCUACAUGGAGCAGAGUUUCCACGGCCUCAACCCGGUGCUCAACAUCCCUGUCAGUCUGAGUUACGUGGAGCAGGCCAAGAGGAACGCGGCCCUGACCGGCCCUGAGCUCGAGCGUUGGAUAGACAGCCUGGUGGGCGAGUUGUGGGAGGCAGCCGACGUCUGUGCUGUGGGCCCUACGGCCUGUCCUGUCAUGCAGGCGUGCCCCAAGAGCCCGUGGAGCUCCAUGAGCCCAGACCCCAAAUCUCAGCUGGGAGCACCUCGUGCCAAUGGUCGCAUCAGGUAGCAGCAAGGCCUCCAGCUGGACAGGAGGUCGUGGCACUGUUUAUCUUUAUUUAUUUGAGGGGUUAGUUGCAGAUGACAGGGGGGUGAGUGUUCUCCAUCUCUCGCGGAAGAUGUUGAAAUCAAAAGAAAAAGUGGAUUUUGGGGGGGACAGAAAGCGAAGGGGAACAUUUUCCUCCCACAAUAUUCCUUUUUUAGGGGAUUAUGCUGGCUUUGCUAUUUCAGUUUCUCUGUGUAUUUAUUUUUCUUCUCACGGCUGAGUUUUACUGUGAUCAAACAUUGCAAUUUUCAAGCAUUUAUUUGGCUGCUGAGUGAAUUAUAAAGUCAGCUUUUAAUGCCUCUCACAGGGCACAUGGGUCAAGUGAGUGCGGGCUAUCGACACUGCUAGCAGACCAGGUUCUGCUGCGAUAAGGCCUUAGUAUUAAGACAUACACAAGAAGAUAGCUGGGUACUGAAUUAAAUGUGCCUACUUAGAGGUUAUGUCAGCACCAAAAAAACGACACAAUAUGUGAGUAUUCACAUAUCCCCAGUUGAACAGAUUAUUUUGUGCCCACUCAAACAUAUCGUCAGUAAAAGCAAAUUUCUCAUUUUUAAGUUUCUUAAGUUUGUACAUGAGUAUAACAACUCAAAACUUAGUUCAUAUCAGUGCCUGAUUAGAUUGUUGAACGUUUUGUUGCUUGGCUAAAUCUUCACCAGUCACAUUUUGUUGUAAAACUGCAAAAAAAAGAGAAGAAAACAAGUACAGUCUCUUUCUCAGAGUAAUUGGAGGCUAGGGGGUUCUAUUAGGAAUUUCAUGUAGACAUUUUAGUGUUAAAAAUGUACUAAAUUCAUAAAUGCUUCUUUUGACAUAGUUGUACGAUAGCAUUUUGAGAUUUAGCAUUUCCACAGUGCAGAGUUUUCCACACAAACAAAACACCCAGCGGACAGAACGAGAGCUGUUCUUGAGCUAGAAUUUUAUUUUUGAACCAACUUGCCUCAAACUUGAAACAAAACUAUGUCACAUUAACCUUAAACGUAUUGUCCUGGUUUUACGUGUUGCCUUCUUUUUCUUUAUUCCGGUUAUUUGAACACCACUUUAUGUUGUACAUAAUUCUACACUACGUCUCAAAAAUGGUGUGAAUGGAGGGGGUGGGGGGGGAGGUCCAUGAAGUCGCUAUUUAUUUAUAAGUUUAUAUAAAUACUGAUAUUUUUAGUCAGUGACUAAAUAACUGCAACGCUGCCUUGGCAGCUCGAUAAAUAUUUUUUUGUAAAGAAAGCUGCCUUUAUUUACAAAGGCCAACACCCCAAACUUAUACCGUACCUUUUUAUGGCCCGCACCUAUGUGUUAGUCAGUGUUGUCCUGUCUGAAUAGAUCUUCUUGUCUUGGGUUUCUCACGUGGCCGUUUGCCAAGUGCAUCACAAGAGAAAGCCACUCUGACCUGUAAGGUAAGAGGUCAGCUGCCUAACAACCUCAGCAAAAAACAGAAAAGCUGAACAAAAGCAGUCUUCACUAGCGAACACACUGGACGUUGUUUGAAGGAGAAACUGUGCUUUUUUUGGUGUUUAAUGGUCGCCGUCGGUUUCAGAAUGGUUUGAGUGGUAGUGAUCUUCAUGCUGUGACGAUAAUGUACAAUUUCAAGUGAAUAUCAUAUUGUAUCUCUUGAUUAUAAAGUGACUAAUUUAUUGGAUCGGGUCUGUCGCACCUUUGCAACCCUAUUUACAUUUAAAGUACUUUUUCUGUCAUCAAGACAAUCUCUGGACAUUUGAGACAACCUAAUUACACUAAGUAUGCCACUGUACCACAAUAAGAGGUGCGGUCACAUAUUUGUUUUACCUUGAAAUAAGUUUCCUCUGAAGCCAAUUAGGUUUUCAAUCUGUGAUUGUCAACAUUGUUUAGUCAUCACAUGAGCUAAAUGAGUGCUUUUGAACAGGCUAAUUAACAGACAUUACUGUUCAUUAAUGUCAAGUUCACCUUGCCUCUCUGUCAGAUGUGUGUAUUACGAUUGCUAUCUCUCCUUCCCUCUCAACUCUGCAUCGUUUCCGGGGUUAGGUUGUAAAGGGCGGCUUUGUUUUCCACUUUCUAGUGCCAUCAUGCUCUGUACAAUUACAUCCCACAGUACAUAUUAUGAUGUAAGCUCAAUGACCGUUUUGGAAAAAGUGAAAUAAUUCAAUGUAACUAAAUGUGAAAGUCCUAUUUUGUAACAAAAAUUAAUAACAAAUGAAGAGGAUGUACAUAGGUAUUUUGUAUCGAAAUAAUGUUUAAAGGGUAUCGUACGUGUAAAUACAGAUGUGGUAAAAUGACAUUGAAAUAAUUGGACACAAAUAGUGAAUUGAUGGUGUUUAUUGAUCAAAGUACAUAACCUGUUUCAGUGUUUUUGGACAGCUGUGACAACGACCUUGUCCUAUUUGCCUCUCAGAGAAAAUCACAUGCCAGAUUGUUGUUGUUCUUACUGGAAUGUAUUGUUGAGCAACUGUUGCACAAAUUUCUCUGACUGACGUUUCCCCGUCGUUCUGAUUUUUUUGUUUAGUUUUUUCGGGGAGGCUCUGUGUGCCUUAGCUGACUUUUAGAACCUUCUCUGUCCAUUGAAAUAAAAUCCUUAUUUUGCUGUUUGUUUUGAACUUAUGUUAAGAAUACCAUGAGUCUGUCAAGUGAUUCACUGGUACUGCAACACCAAAAUGAUGUCUGCUGUUGUAUAUAUCAUCAGGCCUUCUGUCAUUAUCAGCUUUUACUUCUUCCCUUUCAGGGAUUUGUUUUGUUGUACUUGACUUGCUUGUUUUACUUUUUCUCCAACUGCUUUUUGGAAAUAAAAUUCUAUGGAAAAACAACUCACGGCUCUGUGCUGCUGCAGUAAUAUAUACUAUGGAGAAUAUGGAGGCUGAUAACAAAACACUAAAACGCAUGUUCACACUGUUACUGUAUUGUUGCUCAUUUAAUAGUGUACUUUUGCAGCUCCGGUCUGUUUCAUUGGAAAUGCAAGGACUUUACAGGAUAUUAUUAUCCCCAUUCAGCAGUUUAAUUUUAUUUUAAUGUUUAUUUAUGCGGUUUUAAUGUUGUUUGUCAGAAUACUAGUCUUUACAACUGAGACACACCAAUCAACAUGUGAUUUAAAUUGACAUUAAAACUGCACUUGUUGAAAGAUUAAUAUUGUUAAUGACUGUGUAAGGUGAAAUCAAGCGUUUACAGAGAAUUACAAGUAUCUGAUAUUUCCUCUCAACUCUGGAACAUGUUUUAGUGUCUUUCAGCUCAGUGUUUGGGUUAUGCAGCUUUACCGUUUUGGUUAAGCCAUGUCAUCUCUCACCAACACUGCUGCCAUCAUAGACUGUAUGUAAAAGAUGGUCAUUCUCAUGUAACUUCAUCUUCCUGUUUUGUGUUUUGAAGUUUCAAUUACAGCAUUUUGACUACCCCA